UCCAAGGUCAAGUCCAUGGUCAUGUCGAUGAUGAUGCUUAUGGUGAUGACAGCAGGCACCUCGGCUCUCCAGUGUUACAGUUUUCAACGUUCCUUCACUGGUCCUUUUGAUCUCUCUGGCCUCCGGAUGGCCAUUGUGACCUGUGGCCCACAACAAGAGGCCUGCCUGGAAGCGGUAACUUCCAUGAGUACAGGUUACAGGAACUCCUUAACCCUGGUGAAAAAGGGGUGCUCUUACGGCUCGGGCUCCGGAGAGAUGACCUCAGGGGGAGACUCACUGCCCCCUGACUACACCCUGGUACGACGAUGCCAGGAAGAUCUAUGUAACCAACGGAUCGAGAACCAUGACAGCAUUCCCAACCUCAGCCCAGCCCCAGAUACCCCUGAGCUCAGUGGAACCGAAUGCUGGGCCUGCGUCAGUACCACUGCUGAGGGCUGUGAACUCGAGUACUCCCACAAGAUCAAGUGUCAUGGGGGCCAGACCGUUUGCUUCCAGGGUCAAGGCUUCCUGGGCAUUGAGAAUUUCAGUACCCCCAUCUACAUGAGGACAUGCCAGGAGCCCUCUUGUACGGCUAUUGGGGCUGCCACUCACUGGUCAGACAACUACCUCAAAGGGACCUGCUGUUCGGGGAAUCUCUGUAACAAUGAUUCCAACAAGGACUCCAGCAAGGGCCCCUCCACCCAUACUGUCCCCUCUCAUGCUCCUGCACUCCUGGCCCUGCCCCUGCUUCUCACCAUCCCCUUAUCAAUAGCUAUCUGA